GUUCCCUGUUUGGGACAGACGAGUCAUUCCGGAGCUUCCACUCGGAGCUCGGAGCACGGAGGGAAAUCUCUCCCCGGCAGGACAGACUGACAGCGAGGAAGAUCCCUGCUCCUGCCAAACUGGCCACGCUGCCUGGCUAAGCCUGGCUCCUGUUUCUCCGCCCAGGCCCAGGUGAGAGGAAGAUGAAGGUCCUGCUGGUGCUGACGAUGCUGUUUGCCUGCAGUGUGUUCACAGCUCACGGGAAGCACCCACGCGCGUUCACACCAGGACUCGAGGGAAGCACCGUAGGAAACCUGACUGCCCAUGGAUGCUACUCGGGAUUGGGCACCUCGAGGGCUUCAGUGGAUCGGUGCUGCGUGCUCCGAGCCUGCUGCUUUGCCAAGCUGGCAGCGCGGCGCUGCCGCCUGGGACCCGCGCAGCCCCUCGCUGGGAUCCCCACCUGCAGGUCGGGCACGUGGUGCCAGCGAGGCGCCUGCAGGUGCGAGAGGGCGGCGCGGCUGUGCCGGGCUCAGCUCCGCCGGGCUCAGCUCCGCCGCCGCGCCCGCUGCCGGGGACGGGCCGGGCGCUGCUGAAACAAAAACUCCCUUUGCAAAAGCAUCUCCGGGCUGAGCCGCCCAAGGGACGGCGCCGGCAGCGCUUCCCAGCCCUGGCGAGUCUCCUCGGGGUCUCGGAGCCGAGGAGAGCAGCGCUGCGGUCACGGCGUGGGGAGGGGCAGCAGCGCUGCCGCGAUGCUCCGGCACGGCCAAGCAAGGCAGGAGUGGGGAGCAUCCCCCUCGGCAGCCUGUCCGCUCCCUCCGCUUCCUGCUUCACAGCAAAUCCCCUCCUGCUGCUCCAAAAUAAAACCAGAGAGCCCAAAGCA